CAUUCAUUCACCAACAUCCUCCCCCUCUCUCUCCUCUCUCUCUCUCUCUCUCUCUAAGCAAACAGCUUGCUUAGCUUCUCUUUACCGCCGAAAGUUCAUUUUUCUGCUUUUCUCGCUUCAUUCAAUUCGGCUUUCUUCAUGAUGCCGAGUGUGAACCCCGAUUCAUCCGACAAAGACUCCGAAGUAUUCGCGGAAACUGAUCCAACCGGUCGAUACGGUAGGUACCCCGAAUUAUUAGGAUGUGGUGCGGUGAAGAAAGUGUACCGAGGGUUUGAUCAAGAAGAAGGAAUUGAGGUAGCAUGGAACCAAGUGAAACUAAGAAACUUCUGCGAUGAGCCUGCUAUGGUAAAGAGGCUUUAUUCUGAAGUGAGGUUGUUGAGAAGCUUAACAAACGAAAACAUCAUUGAGUUGUAUAGUGUUUGGACCGAUGAUGAACACGGCACACUCAAUUUCAUCACUGAGGUUUGUACUAGUGGGAAUUUGAGAGAGUAUAGGAAGAAACAUAGGCAUGUUUCAAUGAAGGCGUUGAAGAAAUGGUCGAGGCAGAUUUUGAAAGGGUUGAAUUAUUUGCACACUCAUGAGCCUUGCAUCAUUCAUAGAGAUCUCAAUUGCAGUAAUGUGUUUGUUAAUGGGAAUGUUGGCCAGGUUAAGAUUGGUGACUUGGGUUUGGCCGCGGUUGUUGGGACAAAUCACAUUGCACACACAAUUCUCGGCACACCAGAGUUUAUGGCACCAGAGUUAUACGAUGAAGACUACACAGAAUUGGUGGAUAUAUACUCAUUUGGAAUGUGUUUGUUAGAAAUGGUGACAUUGGAGAUUCCUUACAGCGAGUGCGACAAUGUUGCCAAGAUUUACAAGAAAGUGUCUUCUGGUAUUAGACCUGCUGCCUUAAACAAGGUCAGAGAUUCUGAGGUGAAGGACUUCAUUGAAAAGUGUCUUGCUCAACCAAGGGUUAGGCCUUCUGCUGAUGAGCUUCUCAAAGAUCCUUUCUUUGACGAACUUGUUGAUGACGACGAUGACGAAAAUGCUGAUUAUGUUGAUUCAUACUAAAAAAAACAGUUCUUGUCUUAGUUUUUUUUAGUUUGGUUUGCUUACCUUUUUAGUUUAUAUGUUAAUUUGCAAUUUGAGGAAGGGCUAUAUGGUAUGAUUUGGGCUAUAUGGUAUGAUUUGUUUUGAUUUUUUCCCUUCUGCUAUGGCUGAAUAUUAGGGAGGGCUUAAUUGGGGAUGUUGUCAUUUGUACAUAGGAGAUUUUCAACAAAUGUUGUGAAGCAUAUAUAUUGAAUGAUGAUUUUAUAAUAAAUGUUUUGAUUCUUAUC